AGAAGCACUGAACUGUGUCAGUGUGGAGGCAUGCUGAAAAUAACUAAGUUCUGGGCAGACUAACAGAGUGCUGACGUGUGCUGUCUUCAGCAUGACAGCUGGACAGAUGUGUCCAUCUCUGAUCCCAAAGCAUUAGCCAAGAUGCUGUGCCAGAGCUGUUACCCCUGCCUCUGAGCUGCUCAUGGAUGAAAAGCUGAAAAGCUCAGCUGCUUCUGCUGCAUGGUCUGGCUUCCAGCAAGGGGGUGGCUUGUGUCAGGCCAGCUUGGCAUCUUGGCUGGGCAUGGUUGCCUCUGCCUAUGCUCGACCCAGUAAACAAGGUGCUUGUUUAGGCGGAGCUACCUAAUUCUGGAGAUGGCUGCUUUGCUUUUGGGAUUAGAUCCAGAGAUGAGAAGGUAACUGCUGAAGUUGCUUGCCAAGGCAGCUAUCAAAUCUGAUGACGGAUCAGGCCUUGAGGUUAACUAACAGCAAUUAUCUUUACUGUAGCUAUAUCAAUUCUGAGUAAUUUUUUCAGGGGUUUGUUUUGUUUUGUGCUGAGUUUUGUUUUGUUUUGAAAAGUUGAUGCCUCAGAGUGCUGGUUUGUGUGUAAUUCAAGGGAAGUAUCAGCCCUCAUCUUGGCAUGUACAGCCUUUUGGGUACAAACCUCAAAGUUGUGGUGACAAGUAUAGGGUAGCAGUGAGAAAUUAAUAUGUAAAUAUGUUUGAUACAUUCUUGUGUUUUCAUUUGGGAAAGCCUCCUCCAAAAGCAUCCCCUGCUUUGGUAAGGAAGCAAAUUAUUUCAGAAAGAAACAUGUUGAAAUCAUCAGGCCAUUCAUUGUACCUGUUUUGGUAGUGAGUCUUUUUUCUCAGCCAUUCAUUUGCAUAACCCUAGCUCUUUUUGACCGUUUUGUACCCUUUUCUUUAGCAGAUGUUUCCCCCCAGCACUAGUCAUGGUGGCAGCUUGUGCAAGGUGGCAGGACUGGGUGAGUUUGGGGAGAGGGAUGGAAGCUGCAGGUCAUAAAUAAGUGUAUUGUGUGUGGUUGACGAUAUGUAGCAAGUGUGGUUUAGUAAGAUGAGCUUCCAGCUCUUCCUGCAGAACGGUCUGCACACCUUCCUUUGCUCUGGCACAUUUCUGUGAGGUGAUAGGAGGCAGGAAAGAAAUGUCAUUUUUACAGCCGAGUUUCUGCGUGUUACUUUUUCAUGUGUUCUUAGUGAUAGAAGGCUUGGGUGGCUGCCCUGCUGUCAGACUGUAUUACCCAGCUUUAGCUGGUCAUGAAUCCCUGCUUCGUGUUCACAGGUAUUGCUUUUUUUCUUGAAGACUGCUGAUGUGGGCAGUUACAAACACUGAUGGAAUGAGCAUGAUUCUCCACAUCUCACUUUCCUCCCUCUAGUACUCAGAUUUCAAUAAGUAGGGCAUUUGCAGUUUGAAAUUUGUAAUUGUAACAUUGUCUGACGGAAGAAAAGGAAAAAAAACCUGCUAAAAUAAGUAGCAUAGAACACGCUAGAUCUGCUUCAGAUAAAGCUGUUAUUAUCAUGUGCUAUUAAACCAAGUGUUUUAAAGGAUUAGUAGAUACUAUAUUUUAAGAGAUUGGUUAGUGGUAGGAAGUAAGGCUGCCAGUGAAAUCUUUAUUCUAGGGUCCAAAUGCAAAGAUCUCUUAUUAAAAUUUAUCCAGUUGUUUAGCUUCUCUUAGCAGAGGGUUCAUACGUCACAGAAACAAGUGCAGUAUGAAAUUUCAUACUCAAUGUCAGUCACCUGCUUUUAAAGAAAAAUAGUUGUAUUUCAUCAUUUCCGAAGACAACAGUUACUGCUUUUUGCUGUCAACAGAUGCCCCUGUGUGUUUACAUUUGUCUGUAUCCUAAACAGUUUUGAUUUUUGUUUUGUUAUUUUUAUUUUUUGCAGUAGAAGCCUUUACAGGCUCCAGAGGAUUUCAUUGGCUUUCUUUCUAGCCACUUUUCCCUAAGAUAAGGUGACCAUACCAAUGAUGUGAAAAAUCCUGUCUGCAGCAUUGCCUUGCAAUUCAUUAACUCUGCUGCUUUGCCUCUGCUUUGCUUUGUUUCACUUUUUAGGCUCCCUUGUCUUCAUGGGAAUCCCUGUUUUGGGGGUUUUUUUAACCAACUUUUCAUCUGCUACAGGUGAAGGGAAAAGAGGGCUUUCUUAUAACUGUUUUAUUAAGAGAGCCUUGUUAUUCCUAAUCCACUGUAAUUUGUCUCGGUUUCCUCUUCCUUAAUCUCAUUUUGCCCCUACUUCCAAACCUCCUCACCUGCAUGCUGAUGACUCCUCCCUCCCUGAUCUUGGGGUUUGGAUGAACCUCGGAGGUGUGGUUAGAUGCCAGAAGCACUCAGUUAUUACUUACACAGGGAAACUUCAUCCUGUCUGACAAGCAUACAUUCGUAGCCUUGAGGGAUAUACCUGAAGGGCACUGAGUUUCCACUCUGAAUUUAAGUAGAUUAGAUUAUGUAUACAUAUUUGUUGUGACUUGGCGGGUAUCCCAGUGCCUGAGGUUUUAAAACUUAUACUUUGCUAUACUCGAGGCAAGCUCAACUGCAUGUUUUAAAAGAUGCUCUGGGGAGAUGGGAGGCUGCUGUUUGGAGUCCACAAAGGUGUUAUCCUCUCUAGAUCUGGUACAACACAGGAAUUCUGACUACUGUUCUGUUUAGUCCUGUAUUUUGUCUUGAUAUUAGGUGCUAUCAGAUGCCUCAGGGGUGGUAUAACUGUAAGAUACAGAGGAGAAGGUCCUCUCUUAUUUAACUCUCUGCUGAUUUGUGUUUUGUCCUGGAAAAAGAGGGUUGCUAUUAUUUUUUCCUGAAGCCCUCUUGAAAUCAUAUUCUAAUUUUGGAUGAUCCCAGUUAUCUAUGUAAAUCUUGUCUGUCUGACUGUAAGCUACCUUCUGGCAAUUAACCUCACAGGCUAAUACUUUGCUGUUAAAAAACAAGUUGUGGCUGUUUAUUUGUUUAAAAUUUGCUAUGCUGUGGCUUUAUUGAGGCUCUCUAUCAUAAGAACAGAUGAAACCUGUUACUCUGAAUCGGAACAAGUUACUCCACUGCCAAUAAUUUUAAUAGUUUUAUCUUGUUAUCUUGUUAAAAAAAUAAAAAUUAAAAACCAAAACAACAAAGACACAAGCAUAAAAAUGCAGCUUCAAAAUUCAGGUGCUGUGGAUAUGCUGGAGGGAACUGUGAAGUCAAAACAGCUGUAUUUUAUGAAAUUCUGUUUGGUAUGGCACUUUUCCUUAUAAGGACCAAUGACCAAUUGUUUUGAUUAUUUAGAAGGAAAAAAUUCCAUGAGAACUGUUACUGAAAAUGACUAACUUGGCAUUUGUGAUCUGUCGCUCUCUUACAACAUUUGAUGCAAUACUGAAUUUUCGAUAGCUGAAACAUCCAGUUAGCUGCUCAGUGCUUCAGCUGUUCCUAUGUGACCUGUUUGUUUCAUUUUCUUGUAAAUUGCUAAUGAUAUCUGUAAAUAAAUACUCCUCCUUUUUAUAGUGGUGUCUUCUUAAUAUCCAAGCCUUUGUAAACAAAGAACAGCCUGUGCAUCUGAUAGAAAUCUCCAAGACUCAGUUUGCGAUGCACAGUGACCUACCUGCUUUGGCAGCAAGGAGCUGAAGUGAUUCCUUGGGUUUUGCCACCAGAGCAGGGAAGCCUUGGAAGGAGGAGUGUGGCUCUGAAAGAGCAUGGUAGUUGGGGCUGCACUUUAGAAACAAGGAAUGGAUGGGUCUUGUUGGGAGAGGAGGGAAGAUUUAACAGAGAGGUAGGCUGGAUUUGGUUAAGUAGUUUUGUUUCUUUCUUUAAGCAAGGACUGGAAAUUGAUAAAAGUGUGUAAGCUGAUAUGCCUUAGCUACUUUUCUCAAAGUUGUAGAAGGGUAUGUGAGAGAGAUGGGACCAGGACUUAGCAGAUCUGAAAUGUGCAUAUCCAUCUGACCCAUUCCUUUGAUGUCUUAGUGGCUUAUAGAAGAUGCUUGAAUAUAGUAAUUACAAAUCUGUUUGUGUUAUCUGUUAGAGUAAUCUCUUAAAGGUAUAGGAUGAGGAAUAACCCAUUGUGGGGUUUUUGUUGUUGGGGUUUUUUUUUCAUUAUGAAAUUCUUAUUAUAUGCUGAAAAAUAUUUUUCUCUAACAAACAGAAACUGCAUGUAAAAUUCACUGCAUUUCCGUUCUUUACUUCUAUUUUCAUUUUGUAAGUAUGGAAACAUAGGAUUCACUCAAGCAGACAAUAGGUAGGAUUGUCCCUUUGUGAACUUUAAAAUGGAUGAAGUGAGAAAGAAUUUCUAGGCUGAUGAUUACUGAGAAAUAAUUAACAAAUCCAAUUCACUAUGGCUUAGUCCCCAGUAGGAUGUUACCUUGAAUACAGUGCAGUUCCUCUUACAGCAUCAUGUGUCCAUGCUGAACUGAAUUCUCAAUGUUGCAUCACAAAGGAGUAUUUACUGUAGUAAAUGCUUGUUGUGGCGAGCUGGGUUCCACUCAAGGUUUCUUUGGAUUGUAUAUGAUGCGUCGGAGUUCUUAUUUCUUCCCACCUGGCUUACUACCCAUGUUGUGCUUUACUCCAGGAUCAUUCUGAGUAGAGGUAGAUGCUCCAUACAUGUUGGCAGGUAGGCAAGAGUGCUGCUUUUUGUGGUGGAGGUUGUAAGAAAGUUGGUUAUAAUAAUAUAUUAGUUUUGAAGGGUCUGCUAAGGCUCUGGUGGCCUCCAGUUCAUAUAUGACUGAGCCUGGAUAUUAAUCAUAAUGGGAUGGGCAGGUACAGGUACAUACAUAAAUGAAGGAGAGAAAACACACCUGGACCUGGCCUUGGGAAUGAAUCAGCACAAGAGACCACAAAGGAUAUAGCAGAAGACAAAGAAACUCAGCAGGAUUCUUGAUCAGUGCCCUCAUACAUGCUCAGGGCUGUGGUUUUGCAAGUGACAUUGCUACCAAAUCCAGGAGUGAAUAUUUCUUUUCUCUCAGAUGGUACACAGUGCCACAACAGAGGCCUGAGGUAAAUGAAUUUAAAAAAAACACAACAAACCAGCAAAAAAAAAAAGUCUGUAGCCUCACCUAUACCAUAGUGUCCUCCUGGCCUGGGUCAUCUGCAAAGCACUGUGUCUGCUCAGCUGUGAACAAUACCCAAGAAACAGCUACAGGAUCCUGUGGAGGCUGGAGGAGGAAACUGAUCUGGCACAGCCUGGAUGGACAUUACUGACUUCAGAGGACUUGGUCCUGUCCGUGUGAGUACGUGCUCACCUGGGAUGUGUGCGGACAGCACUGCUUAAAGAAUCACAGUUCCGUAGGACCAGUAAAAAUGGGAAGUACUGGAUUCUGGUUUCCUCCAAGAAGAGUCAGCGGAACUGGUUAAGACCAAAAUCUGAGGACUUUAGUGGGCAAACAUCAGUCCCCUUUUGCUUUCUUUUACGACCACAUGAAACUUGAGAAGCCAUCUAAAGCUAAAUCAUUUAGUGGAGUUGGGCAAUUCCCAAGUGUCCAACAAGAAGGCCUGGUUUAGGCUGCGAUGGCCACUGUCAUUCCUGGUGAUUUGUCAGAAGUAAGAGAUACCCAGAAAGUCCCUUCAGGGAAACGUAAGCGUGGUGAAACCAAACCAAGAAAAAACUUUCCUUGCCAACUGUGUGACAAGGCCUUUAACAGUGUUGAGAAAUUAAAGGUUCACUCAUACUCUCACACAGGAGAGAGGCCCUACAAGUGCACACAACAAGACUGCACCAAGGCCUUUGUUUCUAAGUACAAAUUACUAAGGCAUAUGGCUACUCAUUCUCCUGAGAAAACCCACAAGUGUAAUUAUUGUGAGAAAAUGUUUCACCGAAAAGAUCACCUAAAGAAUCACCUACAUACACACAAUCCCAACAAAGAGGCCUUUAAGUGUGAAGAAUGUGGAAAGAACUACAAUACCAAGCUUGGGUUCAAACGUCACCUGGCUUUGCAUGCUGCAACAAGUGGUGACCUCACCUGUAAGGUAUGUUUGCAGACUUUUGAAAGCACAGGAGUGCUGCUAGAGCACCUAAAAACUCAUGCAGGCAAGUCAUCGGGUGGAGUGAAGGAGAAAAAGCACCAGUGUGAACACUGUGACCGUCGGUUCUACACCCGAAAGGAUGUCCGCAGACACAUGGUAGUGCACACUGGAAGAAAAGACUUCCUCUGUCAGUACUGUGCACAGAGAUUCGGGCGCAAGGAUCACCUCACGCGCCACAUGAAGAAAAGUCACAACCAAGAACUUCUGAAGGUCAAAACAGAGCCAAUGGACCUUCUAGAUCCCUUUACCUGCAAUGUUUCUGUGCCUAUUAAGGAUGAGCUGCUUCCAGUGAUGUCUUUACCUUCCAGUGAACUGACAUCAAAGCCAUUUACAAACACUUUGCAAUUAAAUCUCUACAACACUCAGAUUCAGUCCAUGCAGAGUUCUGCAUCUGCACACCAAAUGGUUGCCACAUCGUUACCAUUGGGAAUGCCUUGUCCAAUAGAUAUGGAGUCUGUCCACCCUUCUCACCAGCUAUCGUUGAAAUACCCACUCGGUACUACCUCAUACUCAAUUUCUAUGCCUGAAAAAGAACAGCCAUUGAAAGGGGAAAUUGAAAGUUACCUAAUGGAGUUGCAAAGUGGUAUGCCUUCUUCAUCCCAGGAUUCUCAAGCAUCUUCAUCAAAACUAGGGCUGGAUCCACAAGUAGGGCCACUAGAUGAUGGGUCUGGGGAAGUUUCCCUUUCCAAGGGCUCCGUUCCUAUUAGUGAACCUCUAAAUGCCCCAUCAUUGGACUUUUCUCAGCUGUUCAACUUCAUACCUGUAAAUGGCCCUCCCUAUAAUCCUUCUGUUUCAGUGGGAAACCUCGGGAUGAGUUAUACGCAAGAGGAGGCACAUUCUUCUAUGACUCAACUCCCACCACAAACCCAGGAUCCACAAGAUCCUAGCAAUAGUAUAGGUCUUGGGUCUCUGCACUCAUUGUCAGCAGCUUUCACAAGCAGUCUAAGCACAACCACCACCCUACCACGAUUUCAUCAAGCUUUCCAAUAGGAUGUACAAAGCUGGCUUGUUAACUGUCUAUUUGUAGAAAUGCCUUAGGUGACCAUUUUUAACUUAGUGCCUACUAUAAGACAUUAUGAAUUCUCUGCUUUUGUACAGUACCAAUCUCACGAAGCCAGUAAGAAAUUUAAAUUAACUUUUUUAAAAUGUUUUGAAAGUGUUUAUUCUCAGCUGUGUUUACUUUGGUUUGUUUUUUUUUAAAACAGUCUCAUUGUAUUGUUUUCAUUUUCACUGCCAAUUUACACAUUUAAAAUGUUCAGUAGAAAGUCAUCCCAAGCAAACUCACAACACUCAUCCCGUUUUUAAAACUUUUUCAACCAUACCAGCUAUUCUGUUUUAUUGAUGGCAGUGGUAGAACUGCCACUUUUACCUUUUAAUAUAUUCUACUAUUUGCAAAUAAUCCAUUUAAAAUAUGUAUCACAAGGAAUCCUGAGAUUUGGGAAAAAAAUUCUCCAGUCUGUUUCCAAACAAAUCCUCUUUCCAAAUGGUGACACAUCUGACCUGUUCUAUAAUGACAAAUCUAAAUUUUUAAAAUGAAUAUAGAAUUCAGUUUUUUCUGAAAACUUGUGUGUGUAUAUAUAGAAGUCCAUAUAUACACAUGUACAUAUAUAUAGCAUUUUGACUUGUAUUGAAGUCAUUAUAAGAGUUGUUAAGAAUUUUGCCAUUUUCUGGCUUAAAUUUUGGUGGCCUGUUAUGGAUAACAGAAGAAAAAAAAUUAGUGUAAUUCUCUAAAAUUAGGGCUGAACAGAAUUUCGACAGAGAAUCUCUGCUUGCCUAAAUGACAUGUUUCAAGUUGAAUUUGAAACUGUUGUUGUGUUUUCGUGACGCUGGUAUAGGGAAACAGGCAAAAUGAAUGGCUGAUCUUGAAAUAUAAAAGUGUUGUAAUGUAGUAAUGCAGAAAUUUUGUCGCAGUUUUUGUUUUGAUUCUUAACUUGCUGUUUUCUUCUCUUUAGUAGCAUAGAAAGAGUACUGCAUAGGAACCUUCCAGUAGUGUGUUCUCGUUUGUAGGCAUCAGUCUUCUCCUCGCUGCCACCACCAAAGGGUGGAUCAAGUCCAGCCAGAAAGUGUGUACCUAUUUUCACUUCAAAACUAGUGAGCAGUCAGAAAGUGAAUGUAAAUUUGCAACUACCAGUUUGUUUUGUUUUGUUUUUAUUGGAGUGAUCUUUUCAGUUGUGUUACAUGGUGUGUUAUGUCCUCCUAAGCAACAAGUUAGAUGUUAAUCACACUUUCUACACCUGGGUACUUGGUUAGGGACUUUUUGCCCAUUGCCAAGAUUUAAAGACAGGACUCUUAGGAGUGAAGUAAAAGCAUAUUGCUUACACCACUUUUACCUAAUGCAAUAUAUAUUCUAUUCCCCAACCCCUAAUAACCAAAAGAGGAAAAAAAAACCUAAAAAACAACCAACCCUGUGAUGCAUAAAAGCAAACUAGAUUUGCUGUAAUUGAACAAUAACGUUAUUUUCCUUGUCAUUUUUGUACAAGGAAUUAAAAAACGGAAAUUGAGUACAUUAGUAUCUCUCAAACUAUGAAUAAUGAGAAUUCAUACAAGGUUUUAAGUGGUUAAACUAAAUAUACUUCACAGAAACAAAAGUUGCUCCCAUUUAAGGAGCUCAUGCUCCAGAUGUUUUAUCAGUAGCUCCUACUGGUUUUUUUAAUGCUAGGAGCAAUAUGCAGGUGUAGUUUUACUAUUUUAUACAUAUGUGUAUUUAAAUUUUAUUACUGAAAAAUAACAUUUUUAUAAAUGUGUUUGUGUUCCAAAGGCAUUAAAAUAAGGAUAUAUUAAUAAGGAAAAUACCUUCUGAAAUUCUGCAAACUACUCCUAGAUUUUGGUUUUAGGAGCACGUUAUCUCAAAGUGGACGUUUAGCUCUGCUUCACGACUGCUUCCUCUGGUUUCUGUGAAACAGAUUGCUCGCUUGCUUACAUCUUUAGUUGAAUGACUUGUUCAAUAUUGCUUUUUUUCCAUUCACCUUUCUAAAGGAAAGAAAAACACAGAUGAACAGAGCACAAGCUGAAUGCAACCGAAUGUAGCUCUAAUUUACAUGAACGACUGUAACACAUCUAAGAAAAACUUGGAUUUAUUCUCAAUCCUUUUAAUCUGAGAUGAAGAUAAAUGGACUUAAUUCCUCCAGUGGGUUAUGUCCCAUGUAGAGCCGAGCAUCUGCAACUCUCCCUGCUGCAGAGGAAAGCUGCAGGUGCUUGGCAUCCUGCAGCUGGCCCAGCAGUGUGGCCGGGCAGCGCUGUCCUCCCUGGGCAGCCUGUGGCACACAAAUUUCCAGUCUGGAGCCACUUGUUAUCGGCCCCAGCUGCUGAAAGACUUCGUGAAAACCAAAACCCACAGACACUUUGCCAACACCCGUUUCUUAGUGCGUAGCCAGAACCCUUACUACCUUGUUUGUGCCUUAGCUUCCUGAAAAGGGAUUGACAUUUCACUUGGAGUUAGAUGUACAUUUCACUUGAGAAAUAGAGACCUCAGACAAGAUAUUGAACCUCAUUCAGUCAGGGUUUCAGUGGGUGGCUGCACCCAGAGUGUUUGCCGCUGAACUAGGAUGUAGGGUAACAUGGAAGCAGACUGACCCUUAAAGCAAUACCAACACCACCAGAGUGCUUUUGAGCAUCACUUAGGCAGAGUCACUAUUGGCCACUACUAAACCAUCAGUUUUUAAAACCCAUUUUCUUGAUUGCCCAUGGAUUCUUGGUGGGAGGGGGGAGGGCUGGCUGAUCAUGCACCACUCUUUGUGCAACUUCUAAACUUCUAGUAAGGUUGUUUUGUUGUUGUUUUUUUUUAAAUAUAUAUAUUUUUGUGUACUUGUUGCUUGUGCUUUAUUUAGUAGUAAAUUGUGGAAUAGAGUGAUUUAUUGUUAAUUUGGCAGUAGCGGUUUUUAAAAACCAUAUACUGACUGAAACAUGAGCCAGAGCUGAUUGCUUUAUUAAGCUAAUAAUGAAUGUUAAGAGUACAUAUUUUCAGGAUCAUUUGCCUAGUGAGCUAAACUUGUAUUAUAGGCCAAUAUUUUUUAAAAUAAAGCUUGGUCAACCUCUAUGUUACACAUAUUACAAGAUAUAGCACUUUCAAAAAGAAAACCUAAACCUUUUAAGAAAAUUUCUUACAGGUUAUGCUUUUUAUUAUAAAACCUUUUAUUAUAAUUUGUUUCAAGUGCCAUUAGAUUACAUAUAUGUAGGCCUUUGGUAUAAUGCUUUGUGUACAAAAUGGUAGACAUUGUAAUUUUAAACAGGUACAUUUUUACAGUGUUUUCUUAUCAAUUUGCUAUAUUGCACAGAACCAGUGUGUCUUUCUUAAGGGUUUUACAAUGGUUUUUACUAGGUUUACAUGUUUCAAACUACACUGUCUUCUACUGCCAUUUUGAAUACCAGUCAAAAACAAUUAGGAGUUUGUCCUCACCGUUUGCAAACUGUCUUCUGGAGUUCUUGAUGAUAAACUUUGUCAAAAAUAUUUAACAUGCAGUAUUUGAUACAGUUUUUUUUUAUCACAUCCUAUCAUCGCUAUGCUGCUGUCUGAAGUUAACUUUGGGCCUGAUCCUGCAUUCGUAAAUGCUGUGGGGAUCCUGCAUCCUUUGUUAUGUCUGUCUCAUACACUGGUUUAGCAGCUUCUCCUGUAUUCUUCUCAGUCUAUAGAUAAACCUCUGAAAUAUAUGUACUUAUCUGGUAUGUAGUAAACCAUUAUAGGCUUAGCUGCCCAUCCUGCUUCCCCCCAGUGUACAGUUUAAACCACAGCUUACUUAGCAUCAUGCUCAACUUACAAGUAAUGCCACAGUAGUUCAAAAUGUGUUUGGGUAGUCCCAAAGCUUUUAUGCAAUAAGGGUGUCUUACUUUUGUUGGAAGGCAGUGUCUUUUGAUAACAGUUAUCUAGCCCUGGAAGUGACACAGAACUAUUGCUAAUCAUAUGUAAACACUUUUCAGUAUAAGCUUCAGUGGUACAGUUGAACCAGAGUGAAUGUUUAUCUCCUCAGAAACACUCCUGCAAUAUUGUUAUAUUGGAUCAUGCUGCUAAUGUAACUUGGGAUACAACUCCUCUCAUGGUGCUACAAACCUCCCUGUCUCAUUCAGAUGUAUUUUUACCCAUAGAAAAAAAAGGACUAUACUAGACUUAUAGUUGUAUGAUAUAUUUUUAUACUGUGACUUAAUUUGUCAUUAAUGAACUUUUGUGCAACACCACAAUGUAUUCAUAUGCACUUGCAAAAGUAAAAUUUUGGACAUGCAAAUUUAAAUGCUGACAAGCCCAGCUCUUGUUCACAAAAAUAGGUGACUGCUAGUUAAUGUUAAAUGUGGGCUUUUUAUAUGGUGUGGAGUGAAGAACAUACUAUAUGUUACUAAAAGCCUUAGACAAAAACUGGGAAGAGUAUAUUGGUGAAUGAUGUCACACCCAAACCUGACUCGGAUUGCUGAAAUUAUAUUUUUAGCUAGUGGAAAAAUUGUUCGGACUUGUAUGCUAAAAUGUUUUUAAUGAUAAAAGUUUUGAGUCAGAAAAAAAUGGAGAAAAAAAAAGAACACAGAAAACCCUGCAUUCCAGACUGAAUUUGUAUAUGUUUCUUGCAUUUACAAUUUGCUAUCCUGUGAUAUGGGAAAUUGAGUUGCUUAUCAUGUAUAUGUACUUUAAAAUGUAUUCACAAACUACUGUUGUAUUUGUAUAAAAUAUAGACAAAAAGAUUGCAUAUAUAUUUUUGUGUAUAAGCUCUGUAAAAUAGCAAUCACGUUAUGAAGCUGCAGCAGAACUUCAUUUUAAACAUUCACAUCCAAAGAAACAGACUAUUUAUUGUCCACAUACCCUGAUUAUAAAAUAUACCUUGCUGCUAUUAAACAAUAGUGCUGCAGCUUCUUGUGGCCUACAGUGUUAUGUUUGCUGUACAAAAAUAUGUGAACUCCACAAAAUAUAUCAAUAAAAUUACAGAAUGGUUUUAGUUAAUGAAUAACUUAUGCCUGGCAUUUCAGUAGAUAAUCUUGAUCUGCAUGUUUGGGAUUGCAAGAAGUAAUUACAGAGUCCAUCCAGUUUUGCUGGGAGUAGUUUGCAAAGGCAUAACUGUCUUUAUAAUGUAUGGCUGGUAAAAUGUCAGUUUUUCAGAAAAUCUUAAGGCAUAAAUAUCUGCGUUUCAUGAUUUGACCAAGGAACAAAUGGGAUGAUGCUACUCUGUCUGUGACAAGACAGAUCUGAAGGAAGCAAUUGAGCUUUCCAUCAAAUUGCACUUUGAAACACUCUGAGAUACUGGAAGGUAAGUAUGGGGUAUCCAUUCCUUUGGAACACAUAGGUGAUUCCCCAUCAUUUCAGAUCAGUGCAAGUCUCAUACAUCGUUUGUUGUAGUUUGCAGGACAAACUUUGAGGGUGUGCCAUGUGCUAGACACAGCAUGUGGGAUGUCUCUCUGCAGUAUUUCCAGGAGAAACUCUGUUGCUUUGAUACCAUGGAUGAUCCCAUAGAUGCCUGUCUGGCCUGGCACUGACUUCUGAAGAAGCCAGGCUGAUGCCUGGGGAAGAGAUGCCUCACAGCCAGACAAGCAGCCUGCACACAACUGCAGAA